AUGAAAGCACUGGUCUACACUGGACCGGGAACCGUGGAGGUCUUGGAUCGCCCAAAGCCGACCGUGCAGGCCCCCACAGAUGCCGUGGUUCGUCUCCUGCACGCCUCUAUCUGCGGAACAGAUCUCCAUAUCCUCAAAGGCGACGUACCAAGUAUCGAACCGGGGAGGGUGCUAGGACAUGAGGGUGUCGGAGUGGUCGAGUCACUUGGGUCUGCUGUGCACACCUUACGACUUAGUCAGCGUGUUCUCAUCUCUUGUAUGACAUCGUGUGGUGCCUGUCGAUUCUGUCAGCGAGGCAUGGCAGCCCAUUGUACAACGGGCGGGUGGACGCUGGGGAACAAGACUGAUGGCACCCAGGCUGAGUACGUGCGGGUUCCUCACGCCACCCUCUCCCUGCAUCCGCUGCCCGAAUCAAUUGACGCACGCGCUGCGGUCGCGAUAUCCGAUGCUUUCCCUACGGGCCUUGAAUGUGGUGUGUUGAGCGCGGGUGUUCAGUUGGGAGGUUCGGUGGUGAUUGUGGGCGCGGGCCCUGUUGGGAUGGCCGCACUUCUCACGGCCCGCUUAUACACCCCAUCGUUGAUAGUCAUGGUGGACUUAGACGAGGGGCGACUGGCGACAGCGCAUUGCCUCGGAGCACAUGCCACAGUGGUCUCGGGCCCCGACGCCGAGACAAAACUCAUGGAACUCACGGGCGACCAGGGAUUCGAUUCGGUCAUCGAGGCAGUGGGCAUCCCUGCAACUUUUGAGUUGUGCCAGAAAGUGGUCGCUGUGGGUGGGCGUAUCGCGAAUGUAGGUGUACAUGGAACAAAGGUUGACCUGCACCUGGAAAGACUGUGGGAGCGAAACAUCAGUAUCCACAUGUCGUUGGUCAAUGCGACGACGACCUCCCGUCUGCUGCGACUCGUGGAAACGAACAUGUUGGACAUUAGUUCUUUAGUGACCCAUCAUUUCCCAUUCACCGAGGCUCCCAAGGCAUUCGAAACAUUCCAGGCCGCCUCUCAGCACCAGGCGCUGAAAGUGGCGAUAGAUUUUGCCUGA